AUGCGUUUCUCGGUCAUACUCCCUUAUAUUGUAGCCACUGCUACUGCCGUCCCAGCUCCCGUUGCCCCUAAAUCCAACAAUGUGGCUCGAGAUGAUUGCGAAUGGACCGCUUGGCUUCUUUCAACUCUCCCCGAAGUCUCGCCCGAGUGCAUUGUCUCGGCAAUUGGUGAUGCGGCUGUUGCAGACUUCUAG